CAGUUCGGCCGGUUGGUCGAUUUUGUUUCCAACUCUAUCUCAAUUCUCAAUACCGAAGUCGCCCCCCUAAGACUUUGAUCAGAUAGAGGAACCAAAAUGGCUUCUCAGAAAGAGGUCAAAACUCCUCCUUUUUCUUCUUCUUCUUCUUAUUCUUCUUAUGUUUUUUCCAUAUGGUUUGAAUAGGGGGCAAGCUCCUAAUUUUAUCUCCUGAAUUCCAGACCGCUGCCGAAUUGGGAUAGAGUGAUGAUAAAUUGAGGGAUUCCUGAAUCGGGAGGCAACGUGUGUGUACCAGAGUGGUUUCAUCUUUUCGAAAUGGAGGAUCAGAAUCAGAUAGACGGAAACAAAGAAAGCAAGAAACGUGCUUCAUCAGGCUCUCUUUUACAGCAGAAUCAAUGGUCACUGCUUGAUUCUGACCUCCCAACAGAUCCUAUGGACGUAGACAGAGAAACCAAAAAACGUGCUUCAUCGGACUCCUCCUUACAGUGGAGCCAAUGGCAACUGCUCGAUUCAAUUCUCCCAACUGGCGGUUUUGCUCAUUCUUUUGGUCUUGAGGCUGCAAUCCAAGCUCGCAUAGUCUCCGGUCCUGAAGAUCUCCAAACUUUCAUAAUACAUCUGUUGGAGAAUACUGGAAGCUUACUGCUUCCUUUUGUGUAUUCUGCAACAGUAUCACCUGAUUCAGAGACCAGGCGUAGACUCGACAAAAUCUUGGAUGCAAUGCUGACUAAUGAAGUGAGUAGAAAGGCAUCAAUUGCACAAGGGUCGGCACUGAUGAGGGUGGCUGCAUCUGUGUAUUCGGAAAUACCGUCUCUUAAAUCUAUGAGGGAAGCUUGUUUGAGUACUGGUGUUGUUUCUUUUCACCAUGCUCCUCUGUUUGGGGUUAUAUGCGGACUGCUUGGGUUGGAUAGCACUACUUCUCAAAGGGCUUACAUGUUCAUUACAAUGAGAGAUGUUAUUUCUGCGGCGACGAGGCUCAAUUUGGUAGGACCCCUUGGUGCGGCGGUACUGCAGCAUCAGAUUGGUCCAGUUGCCGAAGCUAUACUGAAUCAAUGGAAGGACCGUCCUGUUGGGGAAGCAUGCCAAACUGUUGCUUUGCUUGAUAUCGUGCAGGGAUGUCAUGGCUACUUGUUUUCUAGAUUGUUCUGUUCUUGAAGGCCUAAAUAAGUGCAUCAACUGGUGGUCUGCUUGAACUUUUUAAAUCAAGAUGCAAGAGUACUGCCAAAAAUCGUUGACAUCAAAUUUCAGUCAGCAUAAACUUGCUAACUUGUGCAGAUUAGGCCCAUUAUAUUGGAAUUGGAAUGAAAGCACUUAUUGGAUCACUUUCAAACAACUUGCACUCCCCUCCACCAUUGACUUCUUAACCACCGUUAUACAAGUUGUAACUUGUUCACCUUGAUGGUGCCGCAGCUUGUCUCCAUGACUCGCCACGAUCAACUCUUCAAUUGCAUAGAAAAAACUCAUAAGAUUCUUCUGCUUUCUCUCUGAUAGAGAGAUCAAGAAUAUUCGGUUUGCCUGUCUUUUGUGUGUGUGUAGAGUGAGUGAGGGAAGAGGAGUAAUCUUCGUUUGUUCUCCUUUUGAUUUCCAAUAUGUGUACAAUCACUGAAUCAUGGAACUUAUUAUGUUUCUAUGCAUACGUUUUCCUAACA